GCGUCGUCGAGAUCCGGUCGGUGCAUGUCGGCAUGGUGGCCAUCCGGGCGGUGCACACCGGUUUCUACCUGGCCAUGAACCAGCGGGGGCGGCUCUAUGGGUCGAAGGAGUUCAGCCCCAGCUGCCAGUUCACGGAGCGCAUCGAGGAGAACGGCUACAACACGUACGCGUCGCUGCCCUGGCGGCAUCGCGGCCGCCCCAUGUUCCUCUCACUCAAUAGCAAGGGCAGGCCGCAGCGAGGGGGCACAACGCGCCGGCAGCAUCCCUCCACACACUUCCUCCCCAUGCUCGUCCGCUGA